AUGUAUAUGGCGGUAUCUGAGAUAAAAAGGUGCCAGCAGCGAGAAAUCCGGUUGUCGCUGUUGGGACCUUUUUAUCUAUAUACCACCUACGAAAAAUACGGAGCCAUCAAGGAUCUGGACCAAAAAGUCGACGUGAUUUACGGUAUUUUAAAACAAACGCUACAUUCUGAUGAAAACUUCCCACAGCUGCUACACCGCCUUGCUGUGGCAUAUCUUGAAAAGAGUUCUCGCCAGGACAUCCACGAGUUUUAUUUAAGCAUGAAAUACAUCGACGAAGCAGUUCGGGUGACUCGAAAAGCUAUAGAUCUUGUACGGAAAGAUCAUAUAAGUUAUGCCUAUCUUUUAAGGACCCUGGGCCACUGCUAUCACGAUCGGCAUCGACAAAAAGAGGCGAUUGCCUUGUCUGAGAUUUACCCUCUACCCGAUCGACAGGAUCCCGUACUUGACGCUAUUCGAAAGACUUAUCCGAUACAUUAUAAUGCGCAUGAAACGCUUCAAACCAACAAUGGGUUAAUAAUAUCAAGCUCUGCCUCCGACUCGGACAUUGAGAAGGCAAUACAGGCACUGCAAGAAGCAGUAGACCUUCUCCCCCCCAACAGCAAGUUGCGAAAAAGCUUUUUCCAGGAUCUCGGUCAAGCACAUGACGAUAGAUUUGAUGUAACAGGGGAGAUAGUCGACUUGGAAGAUUGUAUCCGCAUACAUCUGGAUGCCAUUGACGAAACAGAUGACAAUGAUCCAGCCAGCGCUCAAAUGAUGUGGAAUGCAGCCUCCGCAUAUGAAGAAAGGUUUGAGCUGCUAGGAGACGACGUCGAUUUCACAAAAAUGAUGGAAUUUUAUCAUGAAUCCCUCAAUCACACUCUAUCUGGGCCUACUUGGCGACUAAGGUCUGGGAUCAAGAUAUUGAAUAUCCUUGCCUCUGGAGGACUUUGGUCUCGUGCAUACGAGAUUGCAUGGGCCACUUCUGCUCUUGUACCUCUUCUUGUUCACCACUCUCAAGAUCACGCCUAUAAAAAUCAUCUACUCUCAGUCUCCCGAGGUUUGUCUUCUGAUGCGACAACGACAGCAUUAAUGAUGGAAAAGCCUGCAUUUGAGAUAAUUCGGCUCAACGAGCUAGGAAGGGGCAUAAUUAUUGGCUCUGUACUUCAGCGCAGUAUGCUCAAGCGGCUACAGAUCAAUCAUCCCGCAGAGUUUUCAGUCAUUGAAGAUUUACAGGCCCAGUUUCAUGCAGCUCCCAGGAUGCUCGACCAAGCCAGAAACCAGAGCGAUGCAGAAAGGUUACUUAACGAGAAAACACAGGAAAUACGUCAGCUUCCUGGAUUUGAGGACUUCCUGCUACCUCCAUCCGAGGAUGAUAUUCUAUCUGCAGCAAUCAAUGGACCCAUCGUUCUACUUCUGCCAAACCCUGAACGAUGCGAUGCCGUGCUAAUCAAACAAACAGGGCUUGUAACAUUGCCCCUUCCUGGGUUAAACUGUGAAGAUAUUCCCAACAUAAGAGCUGCUAUGUUCGAUCCAAUGGUUCUCGAAUGGUUAUGGGACACUAUAGCCAAGCCAGUUCUCGACGCGUUAGGGUUCACAGAGACACCUACCGGGGCUGAUUGGCCUCAUAUUUGGUGGAUUCCCACAAGCACCCUUGUCGGCUUGCCUAUUCACGCAGCCGGUUAUCACCAUCAAGGAUCGACCAACACUGUGAUUGAUCGAGUGAUAUCCUCCUAUAGCUCGUCGGUCAAGUCGCUUAUUCAGGCUCGGAAAAACAAUCAGACAGAAUCCGAGAUUGAUCGAACAGCAAACAAAGCCGAAUAUGGGGAACUUGCCGUCCUCAUUGGGACUCGAAACCUGCCAUUCGCUCCCCAGGAGGUGAAUGAACUGGAGGGGAUAUGCAAAAGCAUGGAGCUACAAACGCUACGCCCUCUUCAUAACAGGGAAGCAGUCCUAUCUGCAUUAGAAAAAUGCCGCAUCUUUCAUUUUGCAGGACAUGGUCAAGCCAACUCUCUUGACCCAUUGCAGAGUUGUUUGGUACUGGAUGGUGGGACUCUGACAGUCGAUCAGUUAUUCGACUCUCACAUUAACCAACAAAAACCUUUUCUUGCCUAUCUUUCGGCCUGCGGAACAGGACAAAUUUCACAUAAGAGGUCCACUGACGAAUCUAUCCAUAUGAUGAGCGCGUUUGAGCUUGCUGGUUUCCAAAAUGUCGUGGGCACACUCUGGAAUGUAGAAGAUGGCGUUUGCCCCAGCGUGGCAAUUGACACUUAUACAUGGAUCAAGGAUAAGCAAUUAACCAGGGGAUCUGUGGCCGAGGGACUCCAUCAUGCCGUAAGGAGUCUUCGUGAUAAGUGGUUGUGCGAUAGGGCGGAGUCUAGCAGAGGCAAAGCUCCCGGCGACAAUGAGGUUGAGCUAGUGCCAAAGCUCUCUAGCCGGGAAGUAUCCAGAGACAUUGAGCUCUGCGAUCAGGAACAUCAACUAUAUUGGAUACCAUAUAUCCAUUACGGGUUAUAG